AUGACAGACAGACCGGUUCUGUCACCAGAUGAGAACGAUGAGCGCAUUAGCGAUCGUAUACCAUUCCCAUUGAUGAAUAAAAGCAAUCCAUGGGAUGAGUAUAGCAUCGUCCGAAAAUUAGGGCGUGGUAGUUUUGGGCACGUCUAUGAAGCAGUGCACAAACCAACCCGCCACGUUGUGGCAGUCAAGCAAAUUGCGUUGGAAUCCAGUGAUUCCGACAACGAAUCACAUAUGCAAGACUUGGAAGAAAUACAAAGAGAAAUCGCGAGUCUCGCACAAUGUCAAGACUGCGAUCGAGUGACGCGCUACUUUGGUAGCUUCGUCAAAAAAUACACGCUUUGGGUAAUUAUGGAACUCAUGGACGGCGGCUCGUGUUUAUCACUUUUAAAACGAGCUGGUCCAUUACCUGAUGAAGUGACAGCUGUCAUAGCGCGCGAGAUUGUUCUUGGUCUGUGCUACUUACACGCUCAGGGCAUCAUGCACCGCGAUAUCAAAGCGGCCAAUAUUUUGCUGACACGUACGGGGCAAGUUAAGUUGGCAGACUUUGGCGUCGCUGCGCAGCUGAUUCAUCGAGAAUCGCAAAGAAAUACACUAGUUGGAUCUCCAUACUGGAUGGCACCCGAAGUUAUUCGACAGUCUAUGUAUGAUGGUCGGGCAGAUAUAUGGUCGCUGGGCAUCACCAUCAUGGAACUGGCCACCGGUCGUCCACCUUUGUCCGAAUAUCACCCCAUGCGAGCCAUGUUUUUGAUUCCCAAGGCUACGCCUCCUCGUUUGGAUACCUCGAAUCAUCACCCCGGUCUAGUGCGCUUUCUGGACCGUUGCCUGGUACUAAAGCCCCAUGACCGUGCCACGGCGCAUCAGUUACAGGCAGAUCCUUGGAUUGAAGGAGCGGGCUCCACUGAAUUGGUGCGCAAUAUCAUCGACAAGCGUGGUGUACCGAAGCAGGCAGAUACGAGCGUCUCUCUGCAUGACUCGAGCUUGUUGGACACCAGCAUCUUGAGUGAAUGGGAUUUUAACAUGUCUGCGAGCGAUGCGCUGGGUUUGGAUCCAGAGCGUGGGGUAACGGAAGAAGCUCCAGCGCCUAGUACUGCUGCCACUGUUCCUAGCCACACAGACUCUCCUCCUUGGCCGAUCACACCGACAAUGUCGCCCACUAGAGAACCACAUACGCCCUCAAAUCCUCAUCAUCACCACGGAAUGCCUCGCAACCGAAUGAUGGAAUCACCGACCAGGAGCGCUACGAAUCGGACCCCGCAUCUGCCAGUGCCAGAUACACCAGCAAGGAUUCAGCUCGCACUUGAGCAGCUCGCUUAUUUGGCCGGCCAAGAUGUAAGUGAAUUGGCCCCUGUGGCCCUCGUGCACCAACUGCACGGUCUUUUAAGCCAAUUGGGUCGCUACACGCCUGAGUACCUUGACAUGCUUGUGGAUAUCCUCAUGGACCCGACGGCUCGCGGAGGCGAUGCGCCUCGUAUUCCUGCCGCACGCUCGCGCCUUGCUUCUCUUCUAUUCGAGCGUUGGCACGAAGCUUUGCGUUCUCGUUGGGAUGUACUAGACACCUAA